CCAAACAUAAAACUUAGCCGCCCCAAUUCCUUUAUCUCUGAAGAACAACGGACAAACCCCAUCUCUCACUCUCAUUCUCACUCUCACUCUUACACACACCAUACUCAUAGACUCGCUUCACCAUCUGCAGUUUCGUUAUUGAGAUUUGAAAUCGAGGGUAGCUAAGAAACACAAGAGCAGCAGUUGAAAAAUACUCCAAAUGCCUAAAAAUGCUAGUUUAGAUCUGUAGCUUCAAAGAGCUAUUUGGUUUUCUGUUGAUUUGUUGGUUAAACUCUCAAAUUGCUGCCGAGUGCUGCUGAUUCACUUCAUUGCUGAUUUUCUAUAGCCUGUAUUUGGCAAAUCCCGAUCAUUUCUCUGCAUCCUAGAUUUAGCAUUCUUUUUGUUCUGUCAACAUACACUUCAAGUGUUUGGAGCUGUAUUACUCUACAAACAAGACUAUAGUGGGACUUGACUAUGUUUCUGACAAGCAAUGUCCACACGCGCUCUUUUGCAUGUGAGUGCGUUUUCUCUAUCCCAAGUGAACUCCCAACGUCUCUUUUCCGUGGAGUAUGCUGUAAAGUUGUUGAAAAAGUUAGCUGAUGAUGGGAACUUCAAGUUGGGAAAAGUUGUUCAUGCACUUCUUGUUGUUUCUAGUCAUGCCUCAGAAGACCACACAAUUCAGAAUAAUUGUCUCAUUAAUCUCUACUCGAGGUGUGGACAACUUGCUGUUGCUCGGCGGGUGUUUGACAGAUUGAGUCAACGAAAUGUAGCUUCUUGGAGCAUUUUAAUGGCAGGGUAUUUGCACAAUGGGUAUGCUUGGGAAGUAACCAAAUUGUUCAAAGACAUGAUUUCAGUGGAUAAAAUAUUCCCAAAUGAGUAUGUCUUGUCUACUGUACUUUCGUCUUGUUCUAGCGGUCGUUUGCUACACGAAGGGCGGCAGUGUCAUGCGUUAGUGUUGAAAUCAGGAUUAAUGUUUCACCAAUAUGUGAAGAAUGCUCUUUUAUCCUUGUAUACAAUGUCUUCAGAUAUGGAAGGGGUUCUGGAAACCUUGAAGUCUGUUCCUGGAUUAGACAUCAUUACUUAUAAUUCUGUACUGAAGGGGUUCUUGGAUCAUGGGUAUACAAGUGAAGCAUUGGAUGUUUUCUCAAGGAUGUUGGCUGACGGCUCCGCGGGGGAUAGUGUCAGUUACGUGAACAUAUUUGGUCUUUGUGCUCGCCUCAAGGAUUUGAAGUUGGGUAAACAAGUUCACUGCAGAAUGCUGAAGUCUGGUCUUCAGCUUGAUGUGUUUCUAAGUAGUGCAAUCGUGGACAUGUACGGAAAGUGUGGUGAAAUUUCAGGUGCAAGAUAUAUUUUUGAUUCGUAUCCUAACCAUAAUGUGGUGUCUUGGACGGCAAUCUUGGCUGCAAAUUUCCAAAAUGAAUGCUUUGAGGAAGCCCUGAAACUGUUCUUACGAAUGGAAUUUCAGGAUGUUGUGCCAAAUGAAUACACAUUCGCAGUGUUGUUGAAUUCCUGUGCGGGUCUAUCAGCACUUGGUUGCGGGAAAACAUUACAUGCACGUGUUGAGAAGAGAGGACAUGGAGCUUUUGUUGUAGUUGGGAAUGCUUUGAUCAAUAUGUAUUUUAGGAGUGGCCAUAUCGAAGCCGCUAGGGCCUUGUUUUCAAACAUGAUAUCUCGAGAUACUGUUACUUGGAAUAUGAUAAUAUCAGGUUUCUCUCAUCAUGGGCUUGGUGAGGAAGCAUUGGAUGUGUUUCAGCACAUGUUAGCCGUCGAAGAGCAACCAAACUAUGUAACCUUUGUCGGGGUUCUUUUGGCUUGUGGACAUUUGGGUAGAAUAGAAGAAGGAUUUUACUACUUGCAGCAUCUAAUGAGGGACAUCGGCCUUGAACCUGGGUUAGAGCACUAUACCUGUGUUGUUGGGCUCCUAGGUAAAGCUGGAAAACUUGAUGAGGCUGAGAAUUUCAUGAGGUCGACGCCAAUCACAUGGGAUGUCGUUGCCUGGCGUACGUUGCUUAAUGCUUGUAAUGUCCACCGCAAUUAUGAUUUAGGAAAGAGAGUAGCAGAGCAUUUGUUGCAAUUGAAUCCCAACGAUGUGGGAACCUAUAUCCUGUUGUCCAAUAUGCAUGCCAAGGUGAAAAGGUGGGAUGGAGUAGCAAAGAUACGGAAGCUAUUAAGAGAAAGGAACAUAAAGAAAGAACCUGGAUUGAGCUGGACUGAAAUAAGAAAUGAAACUCAUGUGUUUGUUUCUGAUGACACUCAACACCCAGAGACGGCUCAAAUCCAUGAGAAGGUGAGAAAAUUGUUGGCUGAUAUAAAACCGUUGGGUUAUGUUCCAGACACAACUUCUGUCUUGCAUGAUGUCGAGCAAGAACAACAAGAAGGUUAUCUUAGUUACCACAGCGAAAAGCUGGCUGUAGCAUAUGCUCUCAUGAAAACACCAUCCCAAGCGCCAAUUCAUGUUAUUAAGAAUCUCAGAAUAUGUGAUGAUUGCCAUUCUGCUUUGAAGCUUAUCUCAAAGGUCACAAUGAGAAUGAUAGUUGUAAGAGAUGUCAAUCGGUUCCACAGCUUUCAAGAUGGGUCCUGUUCCUGUGCAGAUUACUGGUGAGAAAUACAAGAUUGACAUAUAGUGUCUUACAAGGUGUCAAAGGAGAAUUUUGCAUGUUGCUAUGUGUGAUUGGUAAAGAAGCUCACAUAAUCAUAUUCUCAGCCAACCAGAGGUAGUGAGUUUGAACAAAGCUUUUUUAACCACCUAUUCAUCAUAUAGUAAGUUUGUUUCUAGUUUCGAAAGUACCAGUAAUAUUUAUAGCAUCGGAAUAUACAAGCUAAAAAGAAUUGAUUAUUAAAGCAGCAAAGUGCAUCAUCUAGUAUGAAAUGUUAAAAUGUAAGCGAAGGAUCUGCUAUAGCUGACUAGACAUAUAAAUAUAUAUGUGACUACCUUCUUUCCUUAUGUUAGCCAUUCUUCCUAUCUCAAUGGAGAUCAGGAAGUUGCAGAUGAAGCUUAAUGCUAAAAGUAUGAAAAGGGAAACAGUCCAGUUUAAUAGAAUUCUUGAAUUCUCCCCACAGAUUAACAAUCUGCUUCCAGACAGCAAUUCCACUAGGGGAAUCCACCGGUUUAGCAUCACAAAAACCCUUUUUCAAAUACUUAGUGAUAAUAAGUAAUAACUGUUUCCAUAAAGCAGCUUUCCCAUCGUUAAGCCUCCACAACCAUUUACAUGGCAAGCCUCUGUUAUAUUCUAGUAUCCUCACCCCAAGUCAACCUCCUUUUUUCAUAUUUUGAUUUUUUGCUACCUAAGCAAAUGCAAUUUUCUAAUUUCAGCAUUACCAUCCUAUAAGAAAUUAUUUCUAAGACUGUUUAUUCUCUUCUCCACCUUCACUCGAAUAGGCAAAAGUUACAUUAAAAAGGUUGGUAUACCUUAGAGUGAUGUUCGGAGAAAUUGGAGGGCAUGGUUAUGUAUUUUUCUUGAAGGCAUCCACUUCUUUUAUGUGUACGCUGUAUCUUAUGACUGAGGUUUUCUUAUUUCUGUCAGUUUUUGGGGUGUAAGCACUUAAAGAACAAUUAAUGUGUCGCAUGCGUGCUCCCUAUGUGCACCUCUAGUAAACGUGAAUGGAAAUAAAAAUGCGAUCAUUCAGUCUCUGUUUCUGAGGGAGGAUUAUAAAUUGCGUGAAGGUUGUCGGCAUUUUCCUUAACUGUCUUCAUUUCUGUUCUUUUUUUGACGACUGAGCAAAAAACGGCUUUCAGUUCUAUUUUUACAAGUUUUCCUGCAGGUUCCUGAGUGAGCUGCAGCCGCUGCUGCACUGCACGUGUUCUAGCUGGACUACCUCCCCAUCAGAGACAUGCUCUGUCAUCAAGCUCAGAGGAAUUGAGCUCUAUAUAUGGGAGCAAACAGCCUGGUCAAGUUGUCGAGGAGCUGGAGGAAGAAUUCUAUUAAGAGGAAUUUGAUCCUGUCGGACAUAUUCUGGAGCAUAUUCCUUCUGAAGAUGGUGAACUAGCUUACUUGGAAGAACAGGCUGCUCUAGAUUAGCACAGCUGGACAGAAUUUCUGAACGCUUGUCACGCCAUGUCAUGGAGCAUUAUGAAGUAAUGGUUUUACGAGAAGUGGCAAUGCUUUUGGUUGAGAUUUGAUAAAGUAGCAUGUGUAUAGAAGAAUUACCCUAUAAAUUUGAUCGGUACUUCUCUUACUCGGAAGAAUGACCUGUGGAAAUUCAUGACAUAAAAGAUAUGGACUAUUGCGGCUCUCAAGAUGAUGCCAGAAAAGGAGAAUUGGCGGAGACAACAGAAGUAGUAAGCUUUGCUGGGCUGGUUGGUGAUGGAGCAGCUUUGAUAGUUUCAUCUGAAACCUCUCCCAAUGCUCAACUGCCACGUAAAUCUGUACAUCCUAUACAAACUGACUCGAAGAGGAAUGGAUUUUCAUGUUGGCUUACGGGUGGAAACCCGUUUCUGCCUAAACUAAAUGGUAGUUCGAAGGAAUACUUGGGACUCUUGUUUGCUUAAUGGAUCUGCAACGCAAGAAAGUGGAAACUCCAAUGAAGAUUCUUUUGAUAAGAGUUCUUCUUUGACAAACAGUGACGUAAAUCAUGUCAAGGGGAAUGCUUCUUUAUCUGAAGAUGAAAAUGAAGAUCUUCAUGCUGAUUUUAUGACGAAGAUAGCCAAUUACCUAGCCGGAUUGCUAAACCUGGUCAUUCAAGAAAUCGCUCUUCGCAUUGGAACAAUGAACAAAUAAAAGCACAAACAGGAUCAUCACUUAGCCUCCUGAGGUAUAUACUGGUCAUACUUGGAUAUGCUGAUGAUGAUGGUGAUGAAUUCUGUCAAGCUGAACAUAAAUGCAACACAGGUCAUUGGAUAAAUAUGCGAGGUUGAUUCAGAAGUUAGAGAUUGUUAAUGUUGAGUUCUUUAAGGGGUUUUGCCAAUUGUUUGGGACUUCUUUCACUUUGUCUUUGAGACCUUUGGUCAGCAAAGUACUCAUCCUAGUGGAAAGGCUGUGUCUGACACUCUGUCGUGUUAUGCCAACUGAGAAUGAAAUGUUCUGCAAAAAUAAUCGGGUGGGCAGUUUUCAAAGUGAAGACUUGAUUCACAUGACUUCUGUCUAGUUUUCAGGGAGGAUAUCUAAGCUGUCACUGAUGCUUGGAUGCUGAGAAUCUCUUCAAAGAUGACUUUUUUGGGUAUAACAUUCGAUAUGCGUAGGACCAUUAAAUGGGAAAGCGCCUUCCUACCAGGAACUUCUUCAUUCAUAGCGCUUCCUACCAGGAACUUCUUUAUUCAUGACUAAAACUCGAGACCUUUGGUUAAGGAUGAAGCGAUUCCAUUCAUCCUACAAUGUCCCUUGGUGGUAAAAGAGUAGAUGCCAACUAGGAAAAAUAUGAGCUCAAUGCUUCAUCUAAGGGCGUUUUCCUAUGAUGUAACAGGAGUGGAAAACAUUCUCUUUAGAAAAAUAUUUUACUUGAGGCAACAAUUUUGGAGACAAUUUCUUUGUGUUGGAUGACUCAAGGAUAAGUCUAGUUAUUUACUUUGGACAUAUUAUUUUAGAGAAUCUCAUUUUAGGUGAA